UCUUCUUCUCUUCUUCCUUCUCAAUGGUCUGAUCUUCCUUUAGAUAUUCUUGAGUUGAUCUCCGGUCGUCUUGACCACGGCGGCUCAUCAGACGCAGUUGAUCUCCUCUGUCUCCGCUCUGUGUGCGCCACGUGGCGUCUCUGUCUUCCUCUCUCCGACAACAACAAAAAAAAUCGUUUGUCUAAAUUCCCAGAGUACCUUCCUUUUUGGUCAUCUUCUUCACCAGCCUCUGGUUUCUUCGUUCUGAAACAGAGUAGUAUCUAUAAACUCGAAGCUCCUUUGAAUCCAAGUACUUGGCUGGUUAAGCUUCAAGAGACAUCCCCUGGGAAAAUGCGAGUAUUGGAUCUCUUCUCAAACGACAGAAUCUGUUUCUUACCUGAUAAAUUCCCGGGAAAGAUCGAUUUGCAGGAGUUUCAUGUGAGAUUGGUUCGUAGAGCUUAUCGUAUGGAGUACGCAAACAAUGGUGGUGGUGAGAUGUCGUGUUUCUGGUCUCUGAGCUCCGAGAAAGUUGUGAUUUUUUCUUCAGGGGAAUGCUCUGCGAUAAUGGCGAUUCACAGUGGUGGGAAAUUAGGGUAUUUGAAAAGCGGAGACGAAGAAAGAUGGAGAAUUUUGGACAAUUCGUGGAAUGUGAUUUACGAGGACAUAUUGUUGUACAGAGAGGAGAGCUAUUGCAUCGUUGUAGACGACAAGGGCAAAACCGUAAUUUACGAUGUGGAUUUCAAGGUUUCGGAUUUGGCUGAUGGUUUGGUCGGAGGAGGAGGCCACAAGAAGCAUCUGGUGGAAUAUCCCGGCGGAGAAGUGCUGCUGGUUGACAAAUACGUGAAACACGUUUGGUGCAAAUCGGAGAACUCCAAAUCUGCGGUGGAGUUUAGAGUUUAUAAGCUGAAGAGAGAAGAGAAGAGAUGGGAAGAGGUGAGAGAGUUAGGAGACGUGGCUCUGUUUAUAGGAGAUGACUGUUCUUUCUCCGUUCAGAUUCCUGCCGGAGAUUCCGCCGGAGGUUGUAUAUUCUAUAGAGACUAUAGAAAUGGAGGACGAAGCAGAAGGAUUUGCAGCGACGGUGAUGGUGUCUUCAAUGUGGACAUUUCCUAUAAAGCCCAAAUAUUUGGGCCUAUUCUAUGAUUUGGGCCUUCAGUUCCGCUGUUCAAUUUAUAAAAUAAUA